AAAAAAAAUGCUCACGCUUUAUUUCUAUCUCUGCCUAUAAAAUCUCCCACGGUCAGUCCUUUGCUUCUAGUUUGUCCUGUGCUUGCUAGGGUUUAUAACAGUUUUCUUUCCAAUCCAAAUAUGAGUCGUCAUCCUGAGGUGAAGUGGGCCCAGAGGGUGGACAAAGUUUUCAUUACUGUGCUAUUGCCAGAUGCUAAAAAUGCCAAGGUUAAUCUUGAACCAGAGGGUGUGUUUACAUUCUCAGCUAGUGCUGGAGCUGAAAACCACGUUUAUGAACUGAAGUUGGAACUCUUUGAUAAGGUUAAUGUGGAGGAAAGCAAGAUUAAUAUUGGGGUGAGGAGCAUAUUCUGCAUUGUAGAGAAGGCAGAGAAAGUGUGGUGGAAAAAGCUAUUACGUGGAGAUGGGAAGCCACCACAUUAUCUCAAGGUAGAUUGGGACAAAUGGGUGGAUGAAGAUGAAGAUGAUGGUGGCUUAGGUGGCAACUUGGACCUGGGAGGGAUGGAUUUUUCUAAUUUUGGUAAUAUGGGCGGCAUGGGGGGCAUGGGCGGCAUGGGCUUGGGUGAUGAUGGUAUGGGUGAUUUUGAGGACAGUGAUGAUGAAGAGCAAGAGGUGGCAAAGCCUGACACAGCAGAAGGAGCUUCAAAGCCAGAUGAACACGGUACAGAUAAUGUAGAGGAGAAAAAGUAAGCUUCGCCAAGCCCAAAGCACUGAAGGACAAACAGAAUUUGCUUUAAAAGCCAACAAAUGGGGGUGUUGGUUUAAGAUGUUGAUUUACUGAAGGGAUAGUUGUGCUUUCUACAUUUUUUCGGUAUCAUGACUAGUUGAACGAGUGUCUUUUUUUUUUCGUUAGUUGAGUGGGAGUUAAAAAUUUGCCUAGUCUUUAGAUGCUUGCAAACAUUCGUUUCUGCCAUGUAGACAUCCGAAAUUGCUCCAUAGCUUUAAUGUUGUACUUUUUUAGUCAUUCCUUCUUGAAUGAUUAUUUUGAACUUAGAUAUCUGUUUUCA